UCCGAGAUUACAACAUCUCAUCAGGUUACAAUGUGGACGUUGUAGCAGUUCCGCAAUAAUGUUCGCAGCCUUCACGUGUCUAGUCGUCUUUUUGAACUUCCCCCAUUGGGUCUUUUCACGGCGAAUCGUAGGAGGUUACGUAGACCACAUUGAAAGCGUUCCCUACACAGUGUCUAUAUAUUUAGUUGAUGGGAAACAUUUUUGCGGUGGUAGUCUUAUUUCCAGUGAAUGGGUCUUAACGGCAGCCCAUUGCGUUUAUCAUAGAAAACCUUCUGAGCUGAAGAUUCGUAUUGGGUCCAACUACCGGAACAAGGAUGGAAUGAUUCGAGAAGUACAACAGAUCAUCAUGCACGAACAGUACAAUCCCAUGUUUUCGCUGAACUAUGACGUGGCUGUUCUAAGGCUGGACCAACGAGUUUCGAAUAAACAACAAUCUGUCGACUGGAUACGAUUGGCUGAUUCUGGUUCAUCCUAUUAUGUUGGAAUGAAAUGUCUAGUUUCCGGUUGGGGUCAAACCAUGAAUCCGAAAGAGACGCAUACUCGAAUCAAGAGUGCCAUGUUGGAAGUGGUGGCUUUGAGUGUGUGCAGAGAAAUGCUUCGUCCGAAUGCAGUUACGGAAAAUAUGAUGUGCGCUGGUGGUUUAAGAGACGAUUCCUGCCAAGGAGAUUCGGGAGGGCCUCUCAUAUGUGACGGACGGCUUGAAGGAAUUGUGUCCUGGGGUAAAGGGUGUGGUGUUGUUGGCAACCCCGGGGUGUACACAUACGUUCCCAGUGUAAGAAGGUGGAUUUAUGAUAAAACUGGUGUGUGAUUUACGACUAGAACGAGUUGUUAUAUAAAAAUAUACGCAUUAUACGAUGAACGAAA